AUGGUGCAGCAUCCCAAAACAAGCGAAAACGUGACUAUGUCGCCUCGUUGCUUCCAGUCCAACGUCCUCGUGACGAUCGUGAUGAUCGCGAUGGGACAAGUGGAAACCAUGGCUCUAGUGGCCAACAUGGCUGGGGACCACGAUCCUCUAGCAGCUGGCAUUGCUGCUUGUGCAGCCGGUAGUGCUUACAUUCACGAAGACAGUCGCCUCAAUGGCUAUGCCAACACCCACCUCCUGUCCCAUCACUUUGUACCUCCCUUCACUAUCAACCGGGUCAUUCAGCGUCCCAACCCACCUAUGUUUUGCCGAGGCGUUCCAACCGGGUUCUGCCCCACUCUGCGAUGUCCUUUCAUCAGCGCCCCACAAUCCUACGUUUUUUUUGCUAUAACCCUCGCUCGCAUCACUGUGGAACCGGGUGAUCUACCCGAACACUUCCCAUCUCCUGUGGAUGCCGGUGAUCUUGGCUUCACUGAAGUUCCCUCCACCGAGAUGAGUGGACGACGUCCUUCCCAUCCCUCAUUCCAAGUUGUCGAAGGCCAAGGCAUUCUCACCCUCCACGCGGACCUUCGCUACUGUGAAAGCGUAUCCGGUGACCUGCCACUACCUAUGUCCGUGACGUAUCGUCCCAACGACUUUCCCGCUCUGCGAGAACACUGGAUGGUAGACUCCGGCACCUCUGCUUCCUGCACCCCUAACCGAGGUUAUUUCUCCAACUACGUCCCCUGCGCACUGUUUCUAACAGACAGGAACGGCGCCUAA